GGCGGAGCCUCACUUUGAAAGCAAUUGGCGGGAGUUGCGGCUCCGGAAGGGGCCUUGGUCGCUGACAGAGACUUGCAUCCGUGCUGGCCUGCUAUGGAGACCACCGCUGGCGGCGAGAUGGAGAGUGGAGGAGGCAAGCCGACAGGGGAGUUCGUGAAUAGGAUCCCGGUGCCACGACCUCCCUCCAUUGAAGAGUUCACCAUAGUGAAGCCCAUUAGCCGCGGCGCCUUCGGGAAGGUGUAUCUGGGGCAGAAAGGCAACAGGUUGUACGCGGUGAAGGUUGUCAAAAAAGCAGACAUGAUCAACAAAAAUAUGACUCAUCAAGUACAAGCUGAGAGGGACGCCCUGGCCCUAAGCAAAAGUCCUUUCAUUGUGCAUUUGUACUAUUCACUGCAGUCAGCAAACAAUGUCUACUUGGUAAUGGAGUAUCUCAUAGGUGGAGAUGUCAAGUCUCUCCUACACAUGUAUGGUUAUUUUGAUGAAGAGAUGGCUGUGAAAUAUAUUUCUGAAGUGGCAUUGGCUCUAGACUAUCUUCAUAGACAUGGAAUUAUCCACAGGGAUUUGAAACCAGACAAUAUGCUUAUUUCUAAUGAAGGUCAUAUUAAACUAACAGAUUUUGGCCUUUCCAGAGUUACUUUGAAUAGAGAUAUCAAUAUGAUGGAUAUUCUUACAACACCAUCUAUGGCUAAACCUAGGCAAGAUUAUUAUUCAAGAACCCCCGGACAAGUAUUAUCUCUCAUCAGCUCUUUGGGAUUUCACACACCAGUUGCAGAAACAAGUCAAGACUCUGCAAAUAUUCUUUCAACCCAUGUAUCUGAAACAUCACAGCUUUCUCAAGGACUAACUUGUCCUAUGUCUAUAGAUCAAAAGGACAUUACUCCUUAUUCUAGCAAACUACUAAAAUCAUGUCUUGAAACCGUUGCCUCCCACCCCGGGAUGCCUGUGAAGUGUCUAACUUCCCAUCUCCUCCAGUCUAGGAAAAGGCUGGCGACAUCCAGCACCAGCAGUCAAUCCCACACCUUCAUGUCCAGUGUGGAAUCCGAGUGCCACAGCAGUCCCAGAUGGGAAAAGGAUUGCCAGGAAAGUGACAACGCAGUGGGCUCUACAAUGAUGAGUUGGAAUACAGUUGAAAGGCCUUUAUGUACAAAAUCUACAAAUGCCAUGGAGACCAAAAGUUUCAAUAAAAGGGAUCUUGAGUUAGCCGUUUCUCCCAUUCAUAACAGCAGUGCCGAUCCUGCCACUGGAAACUCUUGUGGAAACCUUGCUGAAAAAUGUUCUUCUGGGGAAGUUUCUUGGGAGGCAAGAGAACUGGAUGUAAAUAAUGUUCAUCUGGCUGCUGACACAAGCCAGUCUGGUUACCAUCAGUCACAUCAAUGUGCUGUGGAUUCCAGUGGGGUGACUGAAGAACACCUUGGGAAAAGAAGUUGUAAAAGAAGUUUUGAGUUAGUUGACUCCAGUCCUUGUCAGGAAAUUAUACAGAAUAAAAAAAAUUGUAUCGAGUAUAAGAGUAGUAAUGAAAUGAGAGAUGGUUAUGCCAAUCAAAGGACAGGCUUAACAGCUAAAAUCCAGGACCUUAGGCUGUCAGUAUACAGAGAUCAGCAAAAUGAUGGGGCUAAUAAGGAGAACAUGGGCAAUUCUUUCACUGAUAAACAACAAACACCAGAAAAAUCACCUGUCCCAAUGAUAGCAAAAAACCUUAUGUGUGAACUGGAUGACGACUGUGACAAGAGUAGUAAGAAAGACUACUUAAGUUCUAGUUUCCUGUGUUCCGAUGAUGAUAGAACUCCUCAAAGUAUUCGCAUCGACUCUGAUUCAUCUUUUCCUGGAAUUUCCAUCAUGGAAAGUCCAUUAGGAAGGCAGUCCUUAGAUCCAGAUAAAAGCAGCAAAGAAUCCUCUUUGGAAGAAUCAAAUAUUGAAGACCUACUUCCUACAUCCCCCAGCUGCCAAGAAAGCACCUUUCCAAGAGGUGAUGAGAGUCCUGCCGUCCAAGACAGCAACCGAAAAAUGUUAGCUCCUUCUUUGGAGGCGUUGAAAACAUUAACCUCUAAAAGAAAUGCUGUGGCUUUUCGGAGUUUUAACAGUCAUAUUAAUGCAUCCAAUAGCUCAGAACCAUCCAAAAUGAGCAUUACUUCUUUAGAUGUGAUGGAUAUUUCAUGUGCCUGUAGUGGUUCAUAUCCCAUGGCUAUAACCCCUACUCAAAAAGAAAGAUCCUACAUGCCAUAUCAGACCCCAGAUCAGGUCAAGUCAGGAACUCCAUACCGAACUCCAAAGAGUGUGAGAAGAGGGGCGGCCCCUGUGGAUGAUGGGCGAAUUCUGGGAACUCCAGACUACCUUGCACCAGAACUGCUGUUAGGCAGGGCCCACGGUCCUGCAGUAGACUGGUGGGCACUUGGAGUUUGCUUGUUUGAGUUUCUAACAGGAAUUCCCCCUUUCAACGAUGAAACACCCCAGCAAGUAUUCCAGAAUAUUCUGAAAAGAGAUAUCCCUUGGCCUGAAGGUGAAGAAAAGUUAUCUGAUAAUGCUCAAAGUGCUGUAGAAAUACUCUUAACCAUUGAUGAUACAAAGAGAGCUGGAAUGAAAGAGUUGAAACAUCAUCCUCUCUUCAGUGAUGUGGACUGGGAAAAUCUACAGCAUCAAACGAUGCCUUUCAUACCCCAACCAGACAAUGAAACUGAUACAUCUUAUUUUGAAGCCAGGAAUAAUGCCCAGCACCUAACAGUAUCUGGAUUUAGCCUAUAGCACAUAAAUUUUCCCUUUAAUCUAACCUUGCCUUAUAGAAUAAGCUAGCAUAAUUACAUACGCCUUAAUACUAGAUUGAUCUAAGGGGGGAAAAAAUCAUUAUUUUACCCGGAUCAAUGAGCUUUUCAUGUAUGUUACAGCUUCCAUAGCAUUAAAAGGCUAUCAAGAACAUAAUCAGUAAUUUAUCUUAAUCUCAGAGUUGUACGUAGAUCUUCAAAGCUUUUUUCAACUUAUUUAUUUUGUUAGUGCACUUUAUGAAAAUUAAUGCUUCAGUAAAACUAGAAACGUGACCACUUUAGAGAAAGAGUGAGCCUCGAGCUUGAUUUUCUUUCUCAUCUGUUCAUUUCAGUCCACCACUCAGUUUGGUGUUAAUAUGACAAAAACAUCAUACAGUUUUAUUUUAGUGUAAUUUAUCUGUACCUGAUUGCCUGCAAAAGCCAAUCAUUUAAGGCUGUAACUGUGACCUCAAAAAUGCAGUUGGAAAAUUCCUUCAUUCAGUAAUAUAACUCCUUUCGGGAAUGAGGAAUAAACAAAAGGACGAGGGUUUUGGCUUGUUUUGCUAUGAAUACAGUUUUGCUGCGUUGACUGCUUCUGGUGCUUUUUCUAUAAUACAUAUGUAUUUAAAAUAGUACUGGAGAGCUUAGGUGAGAUAUAUUGUAGCAAUUUUAACAGCUGGUUCAAUUUUAACAAAAAAUGUAAUGGUUUACAUUUUUAAAUAAUUUGCUUAAAACAUAUGCAGCAUUACCAGAAUAGCCAGAUUCUUUUAAAAAAAUAACUAACUUACUUUCACUUAAUAAAUAUAAUUGUAACAUACUUCGAUAUAUUCUCUGUCAACAUCAUUCUUUUAAAUAUAGAUACACUACGAUUCAGCUUCACAGGUCAUAUCUUAAAUUCAUUCAGGUUUUUUGCAGACUUACCCCCCAAAAGAGAAAAGUUCAGAUUUAAAUGUACCAUGUGUAAAUUUUCUGUUAAUCUAUUAAAUACUAUUGUUCCUUUUGCAAAAUGGCUUGAGUGUUUUUACUUUCCAUCACCAUCCCAGUACGAGCCGAGCCAUGUUACUAAUGGAGUUGAGGAAGAUAAUAUAAGUUUAAAACUGUUACAGUGAAAAAGACACUGUAAUAAUCAUUGCAAUGUAUCUGAAUCCAUGAUUUAAUGGUUUUACUGAGCUUGUUUUAGUAAUGACUACUCAGAUUUAAUCCUCCUAAUAGUCACCUCUUCUAACAAUAAUAUGUUCAAAAUACAGUUAACAAUUAAACAGUUAAACAGUUAACAAUUAAAACUUUGUUUAAUGUAUAUUACAUCUUUCCCUUAAAUUAGGUAAAAGCUAGGAUUAUUUGUCAUCCUCUUAUGGAAUUUUCAAGUAGUAGAAAGAACACUAGCUUUGGAAUCAAGCACAAAUGGUUUAAACCAUUGCUCUGCUAGAGUAAAAAACCUUGGGUGGAUUAAACUCUGAUUGUCUACCUGUAUUGUGCAGAUUAAUUAUGAGGAACUUCCAGGACACAAGUCUUAUCAGGGAUAUGAAACAUUACUGAAUAAUCGAGGGAGAUGUACAUUGAACCUAUUCCCAAGGCAGGAGACAGUGCCCUUAAGUGGAAAAGUUAAGAACAGUUUGCUGUUGCAGCCCUAGCAGGUGCAGCUGUGGCCACCUGGAAUUCUGCAUGCUGUAAUGGUGUUUCCUGGGAACAAGUAAUUUACUAUCUAAACUUAAACCUUUUUGUGGGUUCAGAUACUCAUUAAGGAAAAACCUGAGACAGAACAAGAAUGGAAAAAUGGAAGUGUUUUGGCAGUUGUAUGGAUGUGUGUGCAUACAUGUCUUUGAAGAACACAGAUUGCUCUGCCAGCAGAAAUCUGCAUUCAUUACUAUAUAUAAUUUUUAUUAAUUGAAAAUAAUUUUCUCCCCACUUCCACUAACUGUUAAACAAAUAUAGAAAAUGUAUUUACUUUAGUGUACCUUUGUCAGAAUUAAAUAAUACAAAGUAUGUAGCAAACAUGAAAGGUGUUUAAUAAAUGAUCACUAUUUGAGCC